UUAAAGGCAGUGUCAUUCACAACAUGAUCGGUUCCUAGUCUAACACUAUUUUCUGCUGUGCAAGUGAAUGCUGGUCAUUACCAGAGUUGAAGGGCUCUUUUAUGAAGGGUCCAGGCUUGCCGUGCAUAGCUGUAUGACUGCAGCGGCAGCUGAUAGGGGAGCUGAAGCACCCUUUCACAACUGCUGCUACUGCCCCUCUCCCUGUGCCCUCUUUUUUUGUGUUCUAGAAAUCAGACACAGAGGAGGAUUUUGCUGGUUGGUGACUGCACAGCAGAGCCCUGUGCCUCCCACAGCUCACACAGCCCAAAGAGAAAAGGGUGUUCAUGCUAGGCAGAGCACUGAGAAUUCAGGAAGGACUUUUAUAACUUACUGAACCGCAUCAUACCUAGGAAAGAUCUGAAGAUUGUGUAUUUCUUUUCAAUGUUUUCUUUCCUCAGCCCUGCUUUUUUUUAAUGCCAAGCUUGCUAAUGGUUUAUGCUGGUUGAAAAAACAGUGCAAGUUUUGCCCUGUGUCAGAGUGGCAGUGAAGUGUGUAGGGGUGUGUGGGGGUUGCUCAAGUGGCAAAGCAUAUCUGAUCUGAAAACAAGAAAACAUCUGAGGCCGUUUGAACAAGUCAUGCUCCUGUACACUUCUAAUCCAUUGUGUCUGCCAGAAGAGGUCUUGCACAAGCAAAUCUGGCUUCAUGCAACAGGAACAUUUUUCUGUGCAUGCAAGCUGGCUUUCACUUCUUGAUAAUGCGGUCUCUGGAAGCAGAGUUAAUGUACUUGUUAUAUCCCUGGCUGCUGAAAUUACCUUCAGAUCAAGAUACGGGUAUAUACGUACAUGUCAAUGGCUCUUGGAUGAUGGAAGAGAAAUGCUGGUGAUUAUACCAAAAUGGAAUGAGCUACAGGUCUUAAUGGGAGUUAAGACUGAAGCAGUGAGGAUGGAAGCCACUCAGAUUAAUAUGUCCCGCGUCCCACUGGUUAACGGAGGCAUCAGCACUGCGCUCAAGGCACACAAACCCCGUGUGAUGUCCAAAAGUGGUCACAGCAAUGUGCGCAUAGACAAAGUUGAUGGCAUUUACCUACUCUACCUUCAAGAUUUGUGGACUACAGUUAUAGACAUGAAGUGGAGGUACAAACUCACCUUAUUCGCUGCUACAUUUGUUAUGACCUGGUUCCUCUUUGGAGUUAUCUACUAUGCCAUUGCAUUCCUUCACGGUGAUUUAGAAAUCAACAAGUUCACCUCAAAGCGGGAGCCAUGUGUCAAGAAUGUAGACUCUCUUACAGGGGCAUUCCUCUUCUCUCUAGAGUCGCAGACAACCAUUGGCUAUGGAUUUCGUUUCAUUACAGAGGAGUGUCCACAUGCCAUUUUCUUGCUUGUGGCCCAGCUGGUCAUCACGACCUUGAUUGAGAUCUUCAUCACAGGUACAUUUCUGGCAAAAAUUGCAAGACCUAAAAAAAGGGCAGAAACUAUUAAGUUCAGCCACUGUGCUGUCAUUACUAAACACAAUGGAGAACUUUGCCUGGUGAUCAGGGUAGCAAACAUGAGGAAGAGCCUUCUGAUACAGUGCCAGCUCUCUGGGAAACUUCUUCAGACAUAUGAAACCAAAGAAGGGGAGAGAAUCCUGCUUAAUCAAGCCAGUGUCAAGUUCAAUGUUGACUCCUCUUCAGAAAGUCCAUUUCUCAUUUUGCCUUUAACAUUCUACCAUAUUUUGGAUGAAAGCAGCCCUUUAAGAGAUCUCACACCUCAAAAUCUCAAGGAUAAGGACUUUGAGCUUGUGGUGCUCCUGAAUGCCACAGUGGAGUCCACCAGUGCCGUCUGUCAAAGCAGGACUUCCUACAUACCUGACGAGAUCCACUGGGGUUAUGAAUUCGUGCCUGUGGUUUCUCUCUCUCCAAAUGGAAAGUAUGUGGCAGAUUUCAGUCAGUUUGAGAAGAUCAGGAGAAGCACAGAUUCUUCAUUUUAUAGUAUGGACUCAGAAAAACAAAAAUUAGAGGAGAAAUACAGGCAGGAGGAUCAAAGAGAGAGGGAACUAAGAACAAUGUUGUUACAGCAGAGCAAUGUUUGAUUGAAUGGACAAACUAUCCUGAUAAAUUCUUUCUGCAAACUGAAAAAAAAAACAACAAAACAAAACAUUAUUUUCUGUACCGUAUGUCUAUUAUAAAACCAGCGGUGAAGUCUUUUUCAGAAAAUAGCUUUGGUGUAGAGUAAACCUAUCCCUUUAUUUGGCUGAGUUGUUAAUCAAGUAUUUUACUCUUAGGUGGGAUUUCUUUGUUUGUGAUUUUAGCAAAGUUGGAUUUGCAUCAAGUCUCUGCCUUAUACCAAUGCUGAAAGCAGACACACCACUUUCUAUUUGGAAAGUGAAACUGGAUGCACGGUGCUGAUUCCUUCAAAUAUUUAUUUGACAAAUUUUACUGUGAGCAGAGACAGCACAUAGUACUGCUAAAAGAAAAUGUGCUCUAUUAAAAAAAUUUAUGUUUAAAUGUAUAUUUUCAUACCAGGUCUUACCUUUGUGGGAAUUCCUGGUGAGGAAAAAUAGAGAGACAAAUUGUCAACCAUGGGAAGAGCCUGCAGGGAAGGGAAAGACUUCUUCUUAAAUCUUGAAGGAGAGUGACAGAGUAGUUGUGCUGGGCAAUCUGGAAGGGAGCCUUCUUUAUCUGCUGCACAGAACGUGUUUUGUGAUCAUUCACUUUUUUAACCUUGUUAAUGGCUGAUUCAUAGCAAAAAAAAAAAAAAAAAGGAAGUAAGGGCAAGAUGCACAGAAUCGUAACAACUAACUAAGGUUAAAGCUGGCUUUGAGACACCUGUUUUUUAUCCAGUGUAAAUAGUUUGUAACAGCAGCGUAACAAUACAUUUCUGCAGAUUGCUUGCUUUGCUAUAGACCGUAUUUAAUUUGGUUAAAAUAAAUCUGUAUAAUGUCUGUAGACAAUAUUUACUUUUUCUGGCAACCAUAAAGGACAAGCAUUCCUUUCAUCCAUUUCAUUUUUGGUCUAUUAAAACAAUUCAAUUAAUAAAGGAAUUUAAUUUGA